AUGCACGUUUGUGACGGACUCGCUCGUGUUGCAGGCGCAUCCACUCGACUACAAGGCUCAGCACGACGCGCAAACGGCUGCGUGCAACCCGGGUCGUAGACCUCUUUUAUUAUCUACAUCUACUUCGGACUAUAUUGGGAGGACUCGCACAGAAAGACAAGAUGCCAACGCAGACGAGAGCAAAUGGUGCUGCCGGUGCGGCGAACGGGAGUGUCAAAAGUGCAGGGCAACAGGGAGCAGCGCCUGCAGCAGUGCAAGAGAACAUCUUCCUGUUCAUACCAAACCUGAUCGGCUACUCCCGGAUCGUGCUCGCGAUCGCGUCGCUCUACUACAUGCCGCUCCACCCACGCACAUGCUCGCUCCUGUACAGCAUAUCGUGCCUCCUCGACGCGCUCGAUGGGCUGGCGGCGCGCCACUUCAAGCAGUCGACCAAGUUCGGGGCGGUGCUGGACAUGGUGACGGACCGGUGCACGACGUCGUGCCUGCUGGUGUUUUUGGCGUCGGCGUUUCCGCGAUGGUCGAUUGUGUUCCAGGGCCUGAUCUCGCUGGAUCUGGCGAGUCACUACAUGCACAUGUACGCGACGCUGAGCAUGGGCGGGCUGAAUCAGAGCCACAAGAAUAUUGACGAGGAGCGGAGCUGGAUCAUGAAGCAGUACUACUCGAACAACAAGGUGCUGUUUGUGUGCUGCGCGCUCAACGAGCUGUUCUUCAUCGGGCUCUACCUGCUGUCGUUUUCGUCGCCGAUCCUGACGCCCUCGCUCCUCCAGCCGGCGCCCUCGUCGCUGCAGCCAGGCAGUCCGGCGGUGCCCGAGGCGUCCAAGAUCUUUGCGUCGCCCUGGUCGGCCGGCGCGCUGGAGUUGGCCCGGGCAAACAAGAUGGACAGUACGGUGCCGUGGAUCCUGACGUGCGUGUCGGCGCCAGUGAUGAUCUUCAAGCAGGUGGUCAACGUGAUCCAGCUGCAGAAGGCGAGUCAAUGGCUGGCAGAAGGGGACCGAGAAGCGCGACGGAGCGCGGGGCUGGGCGUGAAGGCGGCGAAGAAGCGGAAUUGAUCAAGAUGGUCAAGCAAUAUCAUUUGACGUAAUUGGCAUGAGACGAGUGGCAUGGCAUGGCAUGAUAUAUCUAGGGAUGGCGGAUGGGAAUGGACGAGGGGCAUAGUUUCGGCCUGAGGGGGACAGACAUGAGUGUG